UUGUGAUUAUUUAAAAGUUAGGUGUUAAAGAAUGAUUGUAAUUCUAUGAUUAUUGGUAAUGUUUAUUUUACGUUAUUGUUACAAAAUAUCUUUAAAACGUUUUUAUCAUGACACGCACAACCCUGCUGGAAGGGCGUUGGCAUGUCUAACAUGUUGCAAGUGUUUAAGACCUUCGUAUUGUGAGUCUUUCGACACACCUGCAUGAGAAAAACAAAUGGACUCUUUUCAAAAUGUCAAGCGUGCGUUCAGGUUCUGCUGCAUUUUAGGCAAUCUGUUUGUUGGACAACAUCCCCAGACUAGUUGUUCUUCUUUCUAGCUUUCCACGGUGAUAAGACGCAAGCUCAACCAGCAUGACAGGAAAAUCGGCUUUGACCACCUGGAACAGUGGGAUUUUUGACUGUUGUCAAGAUUCAUGCUCUUGCUGCUAUGGUUUCUUUUGCUGCCCUUGUCUGGCCUGCUCGGUUGCAGGAACAUUCGGACAGAACCGAUGUCUCCCAUUGUGCGACAUACUCAGCCCUGCUGCCUUGACAGCUUGUGGGAUCCCUCUGUUUGCGCCCCCUGCAGCGUUGGGUCUUCGAGUUGGUAUUCGCAACAGAUAUGGUGUCAAGGGCUCCAUCUGUAAGGACAUCUUGACGUCAUGUUUCUGCAUGUGGUGUUCCUGGUGUCAGAUGCAUCGUGAGCUGAAGUUUCGCAAGAAAAACCCCACUGUUGUCAGCAUGCAGCCACAAGCCCUCUAACAUCUCUUCGAAAACCCACCAAAUGCAGGCUUUGGGACAUAUUCUCUCUUUUGUGGUUUAUGUUAAUUUGCUCCUUUCUAAAUAGAUGACCUACAUUGGUACGCAGUCAAAGUGAAACAAAUAAUAAAAAAAGAAAGAAUGACUUA